AUGAAUUUUAUAUUAUUAUUAAAUGUGUGUAUAAUUUUACUAUCAAUAACAGGUGAUUCGGAUGGAAAAAAAAGAAGUAAAAUAGUUGGAAUUGUGCUAAGUCAUUUGUCAACUUAUCCAUAUCUGGUAUCAUUGCAAUAUAGAGAAUUGCAUUUUUGUACAGGUGUUAUUUUGGGAUCACGUCAUAUUUUAACAACAGCUAGUUGUGUUUUAAUUGAUCGUGGUAUAUUAUAUGCUAAUCUUAAAAUACUUUCUGGUACACCUGAUGUUGGUAAUUCUGCAAAUGAUGGGCAAUAUUAUGAUGUAAAAUAUACUGCAUGUCAUGAAGAUUAUAAUCCACAUCAAUUUUUUAAAAACGAUAUUUGCAUUUUAGUUUUGACAAAACCAUUACUUUAUAAUGAAAAUUGUCAAGGAGGUUUUAUUGAAAACAAAAUGCCAAAUGAUGAAACUUUUAAAAAAAAUUUAGUUGUCGUGGGUUUUCAUGAACAACAACUUCCAUUACCAACGAGAAUAGGAAGUUCUUUCGUCAAGAUAUUAGAUGAUAGCAAGUGUUUGGAUGAAUUUCCAAUUAAUAUUAUUUAUCAGCAAUGUGCAUUACCAACAACACUAGCUGAUAUUAUAACAUUUGGUGAUGGUGGCACUCCUGUAACAUAUCGUAAAAAAAUAAUGGGAAUCGUAUCAGCAAUACCAUUGAAUCGUCCAAGUUCACUUUUUAUUUAUACAAAUAUUGUGGAAUAUUCAAAAUGGAUCAAAAACUCGAUGAGAAUAUAUUGUGUUUUAAUUGAUCGUGGUAUAUUAUAUGCUAAUCUUAAAAUACUUUCUGGUACACCUGAUGUUGGUAAUUCUGCAAAUUAUGGUCGAUAUUAUGAUGUAGAAUAUACUGCAUGUCAUGAAGAUUAUAAUCCACAUCAAUUUUUUAAAAACGAUAUUUGCAUUUUAGUUUUGACAAAACCAUUACUUUAUAAUGAAAAUUGUCAAGGAGGUUUUAUUGAAAACAAAAUGCGAAAUGAUGGGCGUUUAAGAAAAAACUUAAUUGUUGUGGGUUUUCAUGAACAACUAUUUCCAUCGUCAACGAAAAUAGGAAGUUCUUAUGUCAAGGUAUUAGAUGAUAGCAAGUGUUUGGAUGAAUUUCCAAUUAAUAUUAUUUAUCAGCAAUGUGCAUUACCAACAACACUAACAAAUAUUAUAACAUUUGGUGAUAGUGGCAGUCCUCUAACAUAUCGUAAAAAAAUAACGGGAAUCGUAUCAGCAAUACUAUUGGAUUGUCCAACUUCACUUUUCAUCUAUACAAACGUUGUGGAAUAUUCAAGAUGGAUCAAAAGUUCGAUGGAAAUAUACUAG